AUGUCGUUUUCAACUCUCUCUUCCAGCACAAGCACCGCGAGGCCAUUCAGUAGAUUUGUGCUCUGCUCCUUCCUGUUCCGCCAGCGGUGUUCUUCCCAGUUCUUCUUCCUAACAUUACCAUCUUCCCUUGUCGCCGGCAUGGAAUUCAUGAGUCCCCUGCAGCAGGGACACGGCGACUUACGUGUGCAGCUGAAAUCCUGGAAUUUUCAUUCCACAAACGACCCAUCCACCGUGUGGACAGAGGACAAAAAACCCGUCACCGCACUAGUUGACCCCGCGGCGGGCUAUUUGGCGGCGAGCCCCGAUUUCCUAGACACACUGGACUCGCUACUCGACUACGAUACGCGGGAUGGCGACCGGGUCUGCUUUGACACGCGGGCGGACUUGAAAUCCGGGCUGCCGACCCUGCGGAUAGAUUUCCCGGUGGUCGGAACGGGCAGUGCGCCGGGCGGGGCAGCUACUUCCGCAGAAGGACAAGCUGCAGAAGACACGGCUGCUUCGGCGCCGGUGGACAUCGAUCCCGAUCAGUAGUGAGUUUACUUACAAGUUCUUCCGUGCAUUUUAGCCGUACCUAUGUAUCUAUGCUUUGCAUUGCUUCUAGAAGUAGGAGAAGUGGCACUCGAAAGCAAUUUUUCCAACGCACAGAAAACACCUCAGAAGACAACGACCAAACAUCCAGGUACACCGAGCAAGAUAAGAAGGACCCCGACCGCUGCGUGCGACUGCUUUGGCGACGGUCGCCGGACAAAUCCGUUGGACUAGUUUUGGGUCAACCGUUCUUCAAAACUGCGCUCGUGGGCUACCGGCUCUGCCCGACGGGCGGCGGAUGCAUCCAAGUGAUCACGGUGGCAGACAAGCAAACGUCCUUGCUCCAAGACCUCGCAUUCGGAACGCUGCUGCUGGUCGUUGUGUACUUUGAUGUUAUAUAUAUAUUUUUGCUCGAUGUUGUCGUAGAAGUUGUCUUCCCUCUAACCCACUACCACUGUAGUCUGAUCAGAUUCAUUGCUGACAUUCAGGAGGCAAGCGUCUGCAAUUUUUAUCUAUUACCAGUUUGACUUUGACGGUAACGGUUCCACAGGUUUUUCGCGCUGGUCAGCUAUACCAUCGUCACGCGUAAGAACCGAGAUUCCGAGCGGUGGAGCCGCGGCACACCAUCGGAGGAUUCCGGCUCCAGUCCGCAUUUUGUUUGCCACGUCGAGUCCCCGAGCGGCGAAUUCGAGGGGUACUACACGGGCGGGAACGCAACGCCGGACAUCACCUGCGUAAUCCAGAGCCCCUUGAGUUCCGAUGAAGACGCCAGCCCGCGCUUCGACCUGAUCAACUACGAGAACCUCGGGAAGGAAGUGGUGCGCCAGUGCUUUUCCGCGGACUCACCGCCUCCAACCCGGAUGUCCGGGCUGAUCUACAGCGGGGCGGCGGGAACGGGCUCGUCGUCCAGCUCUGCGAUGAGACAACACGAAGAGGACCAAGUGGGAAUAGUUGUACCUGGAUCAACGUCUUCUUACAAUAGCAAACACAAUCCGGUCGUUCUCGUCCCCUACGGAAAUAAUUCGUCGCGGAACACGAGCGGCAUUCUCGGUCUCGGUGCCGCGGAAUAUAGCCACCGGGUGUCCGUCAGCAGUGCGUUGAGCGACCAGGCGGACGAGCUGGACUCAAAUCGGCGGUUUACAGCCACGAAAUCCAACAGUUCGUCCUGGAUGCUGCCGAACGGGGGCGCGGACCAAAUGUUCUUCCAGAAUUACAUCCCACCCCACACGUUGCACCGAGCAGCGCAGGGCGCCGGGUUCACGAGUCAAGGGCCGCCCGCGCAACGGGCGAAAACACAUGUGGGAACCGGUGCGAAUACGAAUGGCGCGGCAACCGGAAGUAGCGGAGCUGCAAAUAAUAUCCAGGGUCGCGUGACAUUUCCGAGCGCGGUGCCACCAAAUGAAGAUGCGUCGAACCCAGCAAGCCAGCCAGCGAGCAAGAAUUCGCUAUUGAAAAUGCUUUCAGACGUCUUCAAAUCUACCUCGGCAGAUGACAAUCGGGCGUCCGGGAUGACGAGGUCAUCACGCGAUAGCUCGAAGGAACAGCAAAGCAUGCUGACACGAAGUUUACUGCGAAAGUAAAUUUCUUUGGUCAAGAACUGAAAGAUUCAGUGUUUAGAUUUUUUUUUGUUUUUGAACCAACAUUGUUUGUUGAGUGGAGGUGUAUGCAAUGUGUAGGUAAAUGAACGUGUUGGUAGAUGAUAGUCAGUGACGACACAACUUCCCAGGCAUGAUGCAUGUUAUGAUGUGUUUCAUGCGUUUACAUAUACACUUACACUUUUCUUUUUCAUUCUUGUUGAUAUUGCAUUCUAGUGCAUGCCCAUGCAACGCGCGUGGCCAUAGCGGUACAACCGGCUAUAUAGUCCUCCAGCAAAGAAUGUACCUCUUUUUGACUUUUUGGAUCCUCAUAUGAAACUGAUACCGGAAUAAAAACCGACGCACGUGAUACCUCACUCAAGAAACUUCGCCGCAACAU